UCUCGCGCCAAGUGGGAGCAACCUCAGCUGAACAACCUUAGCUGUUCCAAAACCCUCGCAAAACCCCCCCGCGAGCUUCCCUCUCUCCAGUUCAUUCCCAAGGAUCGUUCUUUAAUCGCAAAAAAGAUAUGAUUCAGUUCACCGGCAGCGUCGCCCGGCAGUCCCCAGCCUUGGUCCGGUUGGUGAGCCUCUCUCGCGCCCACCCUUCACAUUUCGCCCCAGUUCAUGCCAAGGCGGUCCAGAGAAGCGGGCUCUGGAGCUCUCCCUCGUGUCAAAAUCCCGUCUUUCCUCUGAAUUACGGCCGCUCUGGGGUUCCGAGGGACUCGGGUAAGGUUGAAAUUGGGUUCGGGCAACUGGGUUUCAACCGGGCCCGGUUUUCGGCGGUUUCAGACACGGGGUCUGGCGGAACUGGUGGUGAUGGAGGUUCUGGUGAUAAGAAUUAUGGAGGAAGAGGUGAAGGUGACGGUGGUGAAGGCGGCGGGAGCAGUGGAAAUAACUGGUCCUUGCUUUCUUGGUAUCUGACCCUACUUGCAAAAUAUCCCGUGGCAACAAAAGCGGUGACUUCUGCACUACUAACAUUCCUUGGAGAUUUGAUCUGCCAGCUUGUGAUUGAUCAAGCGCCAUCAUUGGACCUGAAAAGAAACUUCUCAUUUACUUUCUUGGGGCUGGUGUUAGUGGGUCCUACGCUUCACUUCUGGUACUUAUACUUGAGCCGGUUAGUAACUGUGCCUGGUGCCUCGGGAGCUAUUAUGCGCCUUCUACUUGAUCAGUUCGUUUUCUCUCCACUGUUCCUUGGUGUUUUCCUAGCUACGUUGGUAACACUAGAAGGGAGGCCAUCAGACGUUGUUCCCAAGCUGCAACAGGAAUGGUUUUCUGCUGUUCUUGCAAAUUGGAAGCUCUGGAUACCUUUCCAGUUUCUAAAUUUUCGUUUCGUCCCACAGCAAUUUCAGGUCCUUGCCGCUAAUGUUAUUGCUUUGGUUUGGAAUGUGAUUCUAUCGUUCAAAGCUCAUAAAGAGAUUCUCCCUAAAUAGGUCAAUUCUCCUGAAGUCAGGCAAUUUUGUACGCUGUGGAUGUCUCCUCAUGAACCUCAGGAGAGGGAGAAUGUAACUUUUCUGAGAUUUAUGUUGGUUUUGAUGGCUAGACUGUGCUUGCUUGUGUCCAUUGGUGUGGAAAUGUAAUGUGGGAGUGAAUUGUUCAGUUGCUUUAAGCUUUCUUCCUUGCAAGGUGCAUUAGCUUCCAUCA